UUCUUCUUCCCAAGGAAACCACCACCAUAACACCCCCGGCGCAUAUUAGGAAACUGCCCUUCCAGUUGCGUACGUUAGGUACCUGCGCCAUUGAAGUUAUAAACAUCGGCCGAGAUAAUAGGUAGUUCUGGGAAAGUGUAAAGAAACGCGAAUGUCUCGUUUUGUGACAGGGAAUAUACCGCCAGCGAGAGAUAACGGGGAGGUUUUUGACUGGAGGCAAACGAUGGAGGAUGAGGAACUGACGGUUUCUAGUAGCGGACCGUCGCCAACGCUGGGGCAUCUGCUGAAGUGUGUAGGAGAUGUGCGGAAGGAGGUGACUGGGGAUGAGACUCCGGUGCACCAGGUGCUGGAAAUGGGCGAAGCGAACAUGGAGCCAAGGUCUCUGCCUUUCGUUCUGUCAUUCACUAAUCUGACGUACAGCGUCAACGUUCGCCGGAAAAUGGCGCUUCCGGCAAUUUUUCGCCGGACGAACCAACUUGGUGUGGCGACGGCGGACCACAUCCCUGGAGAGAGCAUGCUCACGGGAACGAAGACGCUGUUGAAUGACAUCUCCGGCGAGGCAAGGGAUGGAGAGAUCCUCGCCGUGCUCGGAGCCAGCGGAUCGGGAAAGUCUACGUUGAUCGAUGCGUUAGCGAAUCGAAUUGCAAAGGGAAGCUUGAAAGGAGCGGUGACGCUGAACGGCGAAGCCCUGGAGUCUCGGCUUCUUAAGGUGAUCUCAGCCUACGUGAUGCAAGACGAUCUUUUAUAUCCAAUGUUGACAGUCGAAGAAACGCUAAUGUUCGCCGCGGAGUUCAGACUCCCUCGAACUCUCUCGAAAUCAAAGAAGAAAGCCAGAGUUGAAGCCCUCAUCGACCAGCUAGGGCUCCGAAACGCAGCCAAAACCGUCAUCGGCGACGAAGGCCACCGCGGAGUCUCCGGUGGAGAACGCCGCCGCGUCUCCAUCGGAAUCGACAUUAUUCACGAUCCGAUCAUCUUGUUCCUGGACGAGCCAACCUCAGGACUGGACUCCACCAGCGCUUUCAUGGUGGUGAAGGUCCUCCAACGAAUAGCUCAGAGCGGAAGCAUCGUGAUAAUGUCCGUACACCAGCCCAGCUACCGAAUUCUUGGCUUGCUUGAUCGACUCAUCUUCCUCUCCCGCGGACAAACAGUUUACAGCGGUCCACCAAUGAAUCUUCCACUGUUUUUCGCUGAGUUUGGCCACCCAAUUCCCCCUGAUAAUGAGAACCGUACCGAGUUCGCACUGGAUCUCAUUCGCGAACUCGAAGGAUCUCCUGGCGGAACGAAGAGUUUAGUGGAAUUCAACAAGCAGUGGCAGAGUACGAAGCACACUCGAAGCUACGAGGCCGGUACAAACGGCUUGUCAAUGAAGGAAGCAAUCAGCGCAAGCAUUUCGAAGGGAAAAUUGGUGUCAGGAGCCACCAACGACGCAAGCUCCACAUCCUUGGUCCCCACUUUCGCCAACUCCUUUUGGGUAGAAAUGGCUGUGCUCUCCAAAAGAUCCAUAACCAACUCACGCAGAAUGCCUGAACUUUUUGGCAUUCGCCUCGGUGCUGUCCUUAUCACCGGCUUCAUUCUAGCUACUAUCUACUGGCAGCUCGAUAACUCCCCGAAAGGCGCCCAAGAGCGAUUAGGGUUUUUCGCUUUCGCCAUGUCCACAACCUUCUACACCUGCGCCGAUGCCCUCCCGGUGUUCUUACAAGAGCGAUACAUUUUCUUGAGGGAGACGGCUUACAACGCGUACCGCCGGUCAUCCUACGUGCUCUCCCACUCCCUCACCUCAUUGCCAGCAUUGAUUUUCCUCUCGUUUGCCUUUGCCGCCACAACAUUCUUCGCUGUAGGCCUCGACGGCGGCCUCUCGGGCUUUCUCUUCUACUUCCUCAUCAUCUUUGCCUCGUUCUGGGCCGGGAACUCCUUCGUCACCUUCCUCUCAGGAGUCGUCCCUCACGUGAUGCUCGGGUACACCAUAGUCGUCGCCUUACUCGCCUACUUCCUCCUCUUCAGCGGAUUCUUCAUCAACCGCAACCGAAUCCCAUCCUACUGGAUCUGGUUCCACUACGUUUCUCUGGUGAAAUACCCCUACGAAGGAGUGCUACAAAACGAGUUCAACGACCCGGCGAAAUGCUACGUCCGGGGCGUCCAGAUCUUCGACAACACUCCGCUGGGCGCUGUAUCGCAGGCCAUGAAAGUAAAACUGUUGAAAAGCUUAAGCAACACCUUGGGCAUGGAGAUCACAAGCUCCACAUGCGUGACCACAGGAGUGGAUAUACUGAAGCAGCAGGGGAUCACUGAUCUGAGCAAGUGGAACUGCUUGUGGGUGACCGUGGCCUGGGGGUUCUUCUUCAGAAUUCUGUUCUACUUUGCUUUGUUGAUGGGAAGCAAGAACAAGAGGAGUUGAUCAAGAAGAAGAAGGAAGCUGCAUGGCUAACCAGCUGGGUGUGUAAGGGUCUGUUUGGUGGCAGGGAUAACGUGUGAUUUGUUUGUUUAAUUUUUUUAUUUGUAAUUUAACUAUGAUUUUCGUAUUCUGGUAGAGUUGAGUUGGGAGAGAUGUGAAACUGUUAAAUAUAUAAAUACUCAGCCAGUGUGGUUCUCUUCUAUUAGGUUACCAGAUUUUUUCCCAAACACAAAAAA